UACAAGUUGAGAAUUGGAUUUUCCACAUCCGCGACACGGGACGCACAUAUUCUUGAGACCAAACAAACCCCUUCUUCUAAAGAAGUACAAGUUGAGACCAAACAAACCUUUUCUUCUAAACAAGUACGAAGAAAUUAGGGCUUUACAAAACAGAAAACAGUAAGAGAGCAUUCAUCAUUAAGAAUUAAAAAACAAAAUGAACGCCGGCAGCAGCACUCCAAAUAAUCAAAAUGGGAGCCUCACAAAGCAACUACCGCCAGAGUCAGUGCCUUUAUUUCAAGAAGGCAUAUUUCUAAUUCUCAGAUGGUCAGCUCUCCAACUCGCAGUUGAAAACGAGUGGGGCGGUCGCGGCUCGCGCCAGUUAGCUGAUCAGAUCGGCUUCGAUAUUUUCUCCUGGUUCACUCAGUCUAAAGAGCCACUUUAUAUCGAUGAUUUAGAAAAUAUAUUGGACGAAGGUAUGAUUUCUCUCAAUACCAUGAUUGAGGAUGGCAGCGUUGAGGAGGUAGCAGAAAAAUUAAUGAUCAUGCAUGAAGAGUGUUUGGAAGGCAACUAUCACACUAUUGAACAAUUGAGGCAAGCACGUCCUACUGCAGGAGUUCAUCAACACAUAAGACAGGCUGCAAAUGGUGAUGAUGAUGAGGAUGAUGACAGCAGUGAUGAUGACGAUAAUAGCAUGGGUGAUAAUAGAUCAAACAUGAUGAUGGAUGCACCAAAAUUUCAGUCAAAGCCGAAUGAAGUGAACAUGCAGGUUAAUGAGCCAAGUUGCCAGGAGGCUCAAGUAGAAGAUGAAUGGACGGUCAUCUCAUCUAAGAAAAACCGCGGUAAAAGGAAUUAGUUUCAACAUGGUUGAGUCAGUAUAUAAUUUACCUUUUUGUUUUUGGCCUCUCCCCUCUUCCUGCAUCAAUGUAAUAUGUGUUGCUAUGGCUUCUUUUGGCCCCUCAAUUUUGCCAUGUUUGAACGAAGUUGUUCAGUAGAGUGUAAUUUGCUAAGAGGUGAAUUUUAAAACGGCAUAGCAUACUGAUUGAAUCCAUGGGACGCAUUUCAACUUAA